AUCCGUACAUUAACACGGACGCGGGGACCAUGUCGCCAUUCGAGCACGGCGAAGUGUUUGUGCUGGAUGACGGCGGAGAGGUGGAUCUGGAUUUGGGAAACUACGAGAGAUUCCUCGACAUCACGCUCACGCGAGAUAACAACAUCACGACUGGCAAGAUCUAUCAGUCUGUAAUUGAACGGGAGAGGCGUGGUGACUACCUCGGCAAAACAGUCCAGGUGGUACCGCACAUAACCACGGCCAUUCAGGACUGGAUAGAGCGCGUGGCGCAGGUACCUGUGGACGGCAGUGGGGAGAGUGCUGACGUCUGUGUCAUCGAGCUGGGCGGCACUAUUGGUGACAUCGAAUCUAUGCCCUUCGUUGAAGCUCUUCGUCAGUUUCAGUUCAGAGUCGGAGAACCUGUGUCUGGCGCACGUGAGUCUGGUGCCAGUGCUGGGAGUGGUGGUGGGAGGUUUAAUCAGCUCCCAUUUCCUACUUUCUCUUCUCCCCCACCUCCUUGCAUUCGCUGUGCAGGGCAGGAGAACCUGUGUCUGGUGCACGUGAGUCUGAUGCGGGUGCUGGGAGUGGUGGGCUUGGCCAACCAUCACAACAAUCUUCUUCCUUCUUCCUCCAUUGCUUCCAUCACAACAAGUCUUCUUCCUUCUUCCUCCAUUGCUUCCAUCACAACAAGUCUUCUUCCUUCUUCCUCCAUUGCUUCCAUCACUCUCUACCUCCGUGCAGGGCAGGAGAACCUGUGUCUGGUGCAUGUCAGUCUGGUGCCGGUGCUGGGAGUGGUGGGAGAGCAGAAGACCAAGCCCACGCAGCACAGUGUGCGCGAGCUCAGAGCGCUCGGCCUCAUGCCCAACCUCCUCGCCUGCCGCAGCGCUGAGCCCCUAGAACCCUCCACGCGAGAGAAGCUGUCGCAGUUCUGCCACGUGCCUGUGAGUGCCUGCAGGGGGAUGGGGGUUCUGCCACGUGCCUGGGUGUUGGGGGAGGGGUUGGGUCUCACGGCACCUCUUGGGGCUGGGAAAGGGAAAGGGGAGAAGGGGUGGAGGGUUGUUGGGAAAUACGUUCCGCACCACGUGGUGCACUCUCAUGGGAGGCUUCGUUUCUUUGUCAUGCUCUCGCUCUCGCAUGCCCUCAUGCCCGAAUGCCUCUCGCUCGCCCACCCGCCUAUGGAUGAACGCAGGAGCAAGGCGCCCAUCUGUCCAUUCUCAAGCAGUUCCAAAUCGAGUACGUUCCCUGCCCUCUCACUGACCGAAAGUCUCCAGGAAUGGGCGCACCGAGCCAAGAGCUGGGACGAACUCACAGAGACAGUGAGUGCGGAGUUUGCUGGUGGUGUGAACAUUGGUGAGCAUCGCCACAUGGGAACCUUCCCAUCCUCCCUCUUCUCUCACCUUUCCACCCCCCACCUCCUCGGCCGCCCAUGUGUGCCAUGCUAUGCUAUGCCACCAGGUGAGCAUUGCCAUGGAGGGCAAGUACACAGGCCUCAACCCCUAACCCUCCCUCUCUUGUCUCGCACCUCUCAACCCCCCCCGUGCCCUCUCUCCCUCACCUCUCCACCCCUCUGUGUGGCCCAUGCCACCAGCAUUGCCAUGGUGGGCAAAUACACGGGCCUCUCCGAUUCCUACCUCUCAGUGCUCAAGGCGCUACAGCAUGCAGCCAUGGCAAGUGGGCGAAAGCUCAUCAUCGAAUGGGUGGCAUCAUCUGACCUCGAGAAUGCUGCCAAGCAAGAGAGUCCAGACCUGUACAAUGAAGCCUGGGCAGCCUUGAAGAGAGCGGAUGGGGUGUUGGUGCCGGGUGGCUUUGGAGACAGAGGCGUGGAGGGCAAGAUCCUUGCAGCAAACUACGCCCGAACCAACCGCGUGCCGUACCUGGGGAUUUGCCUCGGCAUGCAGAUCGCCGUCAUUGAGUACGCCCGGAAUGUGUUGGGCCAUGCGAAGGCGAGCAGCACGGAGUUCGACCCAGCAUCACCGCACCCGUGCAUCGUCUUCAUGCCUGAGGUAUCCAAGACGCACAUGGGCGCCACCAUGCGCCUGGGCGCGCGAGACACAGUCCUCCACUCGCCCACCUGCCUCGCUGCCAAGCUGUACGGCACUCACAGCAGUGUGAGUGAGCGGCACCGGCACCGCUACGAGGUCAACCCCGACAUGAUUGACGAGUUUGAAGCUGCGGGACUGAAAUUUGUUGGCCGCGACGAGUCCGGGCGCCGCAUGGAGAUCCUGGAGAUCCCAUCGCAUCCGUACUUCCUGGCCGUCCAAUACCAUCCAGAGUUCAAGUCCAGGCCAGGGCGGCCGUCCCCUGUCUUCCAAGGCCUAAUCCUUGCAGCCUCAGGCCAGCUACAAAGCUACCUGGAUUCUCUCUGA